AUGUCCGCCCACGCCCACGCGCCAACCUCGCGCGCCCCACCCGACGAAGUGCGCUCGCUCGACCUCCUCGCGCAACGACUACAGCAUCUGAACGGCGCGCUCGAAGUCCUCAAGAACACGCAGCUCUCGUACAGCUGGGACGCGAGCGCGCCGCCCGCGCCGUGGCCGACCGUCGCCCACCAGUCCAACAUCAUCAACGGCCGCCUCAGCGCGCUGCUCGAGGCCUUCGCCGCCAACCGCACCCUGCUCAACCAAGCCCACCCCUUCCCGCUGCCCACUUUCCCGGGCCGCUCCCAUGAGAACAUGGCCACCCAGCUGACCCGCAAGAAGAUGGUGCCUUGGGUGGAAGACUGGAUCGCCGACGGCCUCAAGCUGGCUACGGGCGAUGAGGCUGCUGAGGAUUCGGUGGCAAGGGUUGACGGCGCGCGGCCGUUGAAGCUGGCGGGGGAAGGUGGUCUGACUGGCGAGCAGAUUGAGGAGUUGUGGGAUUGGGCGGGGCCGGCGGGUGGCGAGAUUGGUAGGGAGGUUUUGACGGCUGAGGAUGAGGAUGAAGAGGGCGACGACGAGGAUGAAGAUGAGGAGGACGAGGAGGAGGGUGCGAUGGAAGGCGUCGAGGGUGCUGGGGCCGAGAAGAAGACGGAGACCAUGCCGCCCAUCCGCCCGAUGAUGCCCUUGGACGACAUCUUGAAGUUCGUCAGCACUGGCGUGGCGCCGUGA